UGCCCCGCCAGCAUGCACGGGAUCAGCGUCACCGCCUCCGUGUCCGAGCAGGACCGCCACCUCACCGACGUCUCCACCAUCAUCUUCGGCAACGGCAGGCUCUAUAGCGGCGGAGACGAUGGCAAGGUCAAGGUGUGGAAGCCGGACCUGAGCCUGGAGCGCGAGUUCCAGGCGCACCCCAGCGUGGUGUACCACCUGGCGUUGUGCGGCGACUCGCUCUACUCCUGCUCCAACGACGGCACCGUCCGCGCCUGGGACCCCAACACGGGCGACAGCCGCGGCACGCUGCUCGAGUACGACGACGAGGUGUGGCGCUUCUGCGUCGACAACGGACACCUCUAUUCAGGCGACAACAAGGGCAUGAUCUGCUCGUGGAAGCAGGACAAGCAGAGCCAGCUGUACAACCUGGUGGAGGAGGUGCGCGACCUCAUCGUGAAGGGACAGCUCAUCUACACGGUGCGCGACCGCGACGUCGUAGUCACCGAACUCGCCGGUGACAAGGGCCGCUACGUUACAAGAGCAACGAUGGAGGGCAGCAGUCCCAUGGUGAUGGUGGGCGACAAGCUGUGCUUCGCCUCCCGGACGGGCACCGACAUCUGCGUCCACGAGAACAGCAAGGAAUCGCGCUUCAAGCAGCUCAAGCAGUAUAAGGCGCACGACAUGAUCCUGAACGCGCUGGCGGCGGUCGGCGACGCGACGCUGUUCAGCGGCAGCUGGGACAAGACGGUGAAGCGCUGGGACCUCGGCACGUUCGAGUGUUCCGGCACCUGCGACGUCGGCGUCUGCGUCAGCUCGCUGGCCGUCGGCGACCAGGGGCAGGUCUACGCCGCCGGCUCCAACGGCCACAUCUGCCGCAUCGACAGCAAGUAGGCCGGCGUCCGCGCCGCCCGGGUCUCGUCUUGUGGCUCAGCAUCCACCGCGUUACUGCUCUCGGUCCACAAAGGUUUUAUCCCGUGCGACCGGCCGAUGAUACCGUAUCGUAGUUUUUAAGCAUCUUUUAUAUAAUAAAAAUGACCAGGAACGGUUACUACUACCUGAGCAAGUAACACGCUAGACUUUUGUAAAAGCCAUGUCUUAAUCUUGCAGAAAAGAAGCCGUUUCGCAUAUCUUAUCAAUCUAUCACAUACCAUCGGAGCAUACAACGAACUGCAACUUGUCUCAAGUAACGAUGUUCUUUAAUGUGACAUUAAUUUAGAAAGCUCAGAUGUCUUCUCACUUGCAAGCCGUAAUAUUUUUUAUGGAGUAGUACACUUUAAGAAUAUAUGUACUACUAUCAAUAUACUGCGUACAUCUUUUUGCAAUGGACCUGUUCGAGAAGAAACCAGAAUAAGAUUUUCUGCCAUAAAGCUAUUGCCAGAUUUAUUGCGUCAGCUAGUGAUAUUUGAUGAAACAAUAGUACAUUCAAACCCGAAUUAGCUGAUAUUUCACAGAACUCUGAUAUGUUAUUCGGCCAUAAAAGUUAGUGAUGGUUUAUUUUCUGACACAGUGUGUAGCUGAAAUUCAGUUUGUUCGUAAUCUUUUGAAAGUAAUUCUCGAUUCCAUUUCUAGUGAAUGCUCUUUGCAAAGCACGCAUAUAACCAGUCUUUAUAAACAAAACAUAUAUCCUGUCGCCAAUUCCUCACUCAUUGUUCCAUAUGAGGUUGAAUCGCGGCCCUUUAUUUCUCAUCAUAAAUGAGAAUUUUUGAUACGUCUGCAUUUGACGAAAACAAUCAAGUGUCAUGUCGGUUAAAACAGAAAAUUUUCUAAGCAGUCCAGCACAAGAGCCUAUCUAGCUGUGUUGGUUCACAGGACGUAUUAACUUUAACCGUGAUAAGAAAAGCACUGUUCACAAUAAAUUUAAUAAAUCGAAGUAGUAGUAGUUUGUUUAGCCACAGAAGCAUAUAUUGGACUUCUGAGUUCAAACUGGUUGCUGUUUCAGCAGCUUAAAAACACAUAAAGUAAAUUAAAAUAGUUUAUUUCUGAAAGCAUGUGCUGAGACGUAUUCACAUUAAAGUUUUUUAUUUCACCGUAAUACUUGUAAUAUAACGAACAACAUAUGUCAUAAUUAAAGUAACUAUUAUACAAAGUAAAUCAUAAAAUAAUCUGUUGCGGUAGAACUUAAACGUAUCAGAACAGAGUUAUUUACACUAAAAAUUUGUAACUAAUUCCCCACUGCAUGCGCCCUAUCGGUAUAAAAUGUGUUCAAUUAAGAUUAGAUAAUACAAUUCUAGUAGGGAAAUACUUAGGGAUCAAAACUGAAAACUUAACGUCGUAUAUUUAAUGUACGAAUUUUAUCCAUAUUUAUUCUUUUUGCAUUAUUUAUCUAGAUAACUUAGUCGUAAGUUCAUCCUUAUAAUUACCAACGCAGUUCGGUUACCAUGAGUGUAAGUAUUCCAAAAUUUGUAUUUUGCAAGAACUAAAAAUCUAAAACAUGAAACGAGCUUUGUACUUCAUAUAAUUACUAUUAUGUUUUCAGUACUGAAAUGUCAGUACCAUUUUAGUAUUCCUAAAUUGAUUGUAAAACAUUUAAACCGACAGAGAAUAAAGUAUAAAAGUAGAA